GCUUUGGUUUGCCGGGUACCGAGUUCUCUCUCUGCACGUUUUUUACAAGAGUGUUUUUCUUCCAUUGUUGUAGCUUAUUUUGUUUUCUGAAGGCUUCUGGAGAAAGGCAGAUGAGAGAUUUAGAGGGUGCGGGGAAUUGAAACAGUCUUCAUGGGUAAAAUCUGAAGAUGUAAAUACGUUGAAUUUUUUUAGAGCGUUGAUGGAAACGACAGCAUUGUCAUCUUUAAGUUAACUGGUGAUAUAAAGUCAAUAAUGCUAGUUUACAGAGAAAUUAAUGCAAGUAGGCUCUCCCUUUGUAACACAAAGAAUGACCCAGUAGUGAGGAAACCGUACUUUAACUUGACUAACUGCCUGUGAAGAGGAUGUUUUAUUCUUAUAACAGACAUCAGUGGGAUCUAUGAUAGAAAUGAUGGCUGGCUGUGGUGAAAUUGAUCACACAAUAAACAUGCUUCCCACGAACAGAAAGGCAAAUGAGUCCUGUUCCAGUGCUGGACCUUCUCUUACUGUCCCUGAAUGUGCCAUCUGUCUGCAAACAUGUGUUCACCCAGUCAGUCUUCCCUGUAAGCAUGUAUUCUGCUAUUUGUGUGUAAAGGGAGCUUCAUGGCUUGGAAAGCGAUGUGCACUCUGUCGGCAAGAGAUUCCUGAGGACUUUCUUGACAAACCAACUUUGUUAUCACCAGAGGAACUAAAAGCAGCAAGUAGAGGCAAUGGAGAAUAUGCCUGGUAUUAUGAAGGAAGAAAUGGGUGGUGGCAGUAUGAUGAACGUACCAGUAGGGAGCUAGAAGAUGCUUUCUCCAAAGGUAAAAAGAGCACUGAAAUGUUAAUUGCUGGGUUUCUGUAUGUCGCUGAUCUUGAAAACAUGGUUCAAUACAGGAGAAACGAACAUGGACGGCGUAGGAAAAUUAAACGGGAUAUAAUAGAUAUACCAAAGAAGGGAGUGGCUGGACUUAGGCUGGACUGUGACUCUACUGCAGUUAAUUUAGCAAGAGAGAGCUCUGCAGAUGGAGCGGACAAUAUAUCAGCCCAGGCUGGGGCUUCUGUGCUGCCUCUAGUGUCUACUUCUGUUAGACCCUUAACUUCACUAGAUGGCCAAUUAACAAGCCCUGCAACACCUUCACCUGAUGCAAGCAAUUCUCUAGAGGACUCUUUUGCUCACUUGCAAAUCAGUGGAGACAGCAUGGCUGAAAGGAGUCACAGGGGAGAGGGAGAGGAAGACCAUGAAUUACUAUCUUCAGGCAGGGUACCAGCACCAGACGCCUCCGUUGAGGAAACGGAAUCAGAUGCUAGUAGUGAUAGUGAGGAUGUAUCUGCUCACAUUGCACGACACUUAUCCUCAACUCAGCAGAGACAUUUGGUUCCAAAUGUAAAUCAGAUAGCAGCUGAUAGACCUGCAGCAGGGGGUGGAGGAGUGAGUGCCAAUGUCAGGUCUAGAAGACCUGAUGGACAGUGCACGGUAACUGAAGUUUAAAGAUGUCGUCAGCUACAUGUUCCAGAAUACAAGUACAUCUGUAAUGGUAUCUGUAAAUUUCUGCCCAUGAGACAUUACACUCAUCCCCUAGUAGAGUAUUUUGGGGUUAGGGGGUGGGAAAGGGGACUGGGAAGAAUUGGCCUGUAACUAAAAUGUCUAAUAUGUCUCUGGAAAAUUUAUUUAAAAGUCAGGAACUUGGGUGUUGAUAGUUGAAAGCUACUUAGCAAUACCCAGUUUUUCUUCUAGAAGUAUUUUGUAGUGGGGUUUUUGGUUGUUUUUCUUGUCUUUCUUUUCUUUUCUUUCCUUUUCUUUUUUUUCCUCUCUUUUUUCUUUUCUUUUCUUUUUUUUUUUUUGAGAUCCUCAAUCCUUUUGGCCACUGUGUAUUUCUCUGUGCACUAACUGUCUUCAUUAUCUGACUGUUGCAUUGUGUCUUAUUUCUCUGCACCGAUCGACAUAUGGAAAGAACACUAAAUUUGGGAGCAAUAUGAGAUGCCGGUUAUUGAUAAGAGCAGGAUGCUUAAUUUAAUGUGAAAAUAGAUUAUGUUUGGAAGUUAUGAGGGAUAUUUUAAAUAAAUAAGCAACCAUUUUUAUCUUCAAGUUCUCAAAAUGAAAAUGUAAACAGCUAAAAUAACUUCUGUUCCAUAAUCCUGACUGUAACACUUUGUAGUGUUCCCAUAAGCUUUGCUGUCUAGUCCUUGUAGUUUGAGGUUUCUCCUAAUCUCUCAUCUUUUUCUUUUCUUUGUUUUUGUUACAAAAUUUAUAAUUUAAUAAAUACUACAAUUUGUCAAAAUAA